UUACGUUUUUUGGCUUCUGUUAGCUACAUGUUUAUGAAGUGGAUAAUUGUUUGUGAUAUGGUUACCACCCAAUGUGGUUGCAAAGUCAAUACAAGCUGCUUCUGUUAAUUAAAUGUUGUGCUCGGUCGGUUUUCGAAGUUACUUUUCCGCAGAAAUUUCCUCCCAAAUAAAAAUAUGUCAAUCCGCAUGGUGCUCAUUCUACUUUUGAUUAUGUGUCAGCUGAACUUCUACGAAGGCACGAUAAGCAUUCAUACAAUACAACAGAACACAAUUUAACAUUUAUAAAUUGUAGUAAUUUUACAAAUUCAAAAUAAAGAAUUCCUGGAAAUAUAUGGAAAUAUAAUUUACAACUUCCUACCACCAAAUUAUAAAUGGAUCAACGCUACAAUAAUUUAUGAAAUUGCUGAUCUUUUCUCUUCGGAUGAACUUCAAAUAAUAAAGCAAGCCAUGGACGACAUUCAUCUAAACUCGUGCGUUCGAUUCGUAGAAAGGAAGAACCAAGUAGGCUAUGUACGAAUAACUUCCGAAUCAAGCGGUUGUUGGGCUGACACAGGACGAUCAGACAGUGUUUCACAUCUAAACCUUGGACCUGGCUGUUUCGAGAGCAAAGGAACUACUCUCCAUGAGCUGAUGCAUACCUUAGGAUUUCUGCACCAGCACACUCGUCCCGAUCGGGAUCAAUACGUACAAAUUAUGUACCAAAACAUCAUACAAAGCCCGGAAGUGUUGUUCAACUUUGAAAUAAUCAAACCGUGGACAGGGCUUGCCUUCCCAUUGCCGUACGAUUACGAUAGCAUCAUGCACUAUAAGGCCCACAUGUAUAGCAAAGAUCCCCAGCGGUUGGUAACCAUUGCGCCUAAGAGCUCAUCGGUAACUAGGAUAGGACAACGAGAUCGACUCAGCGAGCUUGACAUAAUCUCAAUAAACUUCCUGUAUUGCGUGUGAAAUAAAUGUUUCUGCACAAAACAAUGUUUCGAUUGUUCGCGCUUUAUGACCGACUAUCGCCCUUGAAA